AUGAAAGGUCAAUGUGAAGUUAUAUGGAUCCCAAUUGUGGAUAAGUUAACACCAUGGACAGAAGGCAAAGAACAGGCAUUUGAGGCAUUACGAUCAUUGAUGUCGUGGUUCACCAUUCACCAUCCUUCUUUGAUUGAUCAACCCGUGAUUAGAUACAUAAAGGAAAUUUGGCAUUUAUCUAAGAAACCAAUUCUAGUUGUAUUGGAUCCACAUGGAAGAGUUGUAUGUCUUAACGCACUCCAUAUGAUGAGUUUUUGGGGAAUUUUGGCAUUCCCAUUGACUAGAUCAAGACAAGAUGCGGUUUGGAAGGAAGAAACCUGGAGGCUCGAACUAUUGAUGGAUGGCAUUGAUCCAACUACCCUCAAUUGGAUAGCUGAGGGAAGAUUUAUUUGUAUGUAUGGGGGAGAAGACAUGGAAUUGAUCAGGAAAUUCACUGCAACAACACGAGUUGUUGCACAAGCAGCUCGAAUUCCCUUAGAAUUGGUUUAUGUAGGAAAGAGGAACCCAAGGGAACGAGCAAGGAAGAAUAUGACAAAAAUAAGUUUGGAGAAACUUAGUUAUUAUUGGCAAGACUUAACAUCCAUUUGGUUAUUUUGGGUCAGACUUGAAAGUAUGUGGUACUCUAAAAUGCAACUAGGUAAAACUAUAGAAAAUGACCCAAUAAUGCAAGAAAUCAUGACAAUGUUAAGUUUUGAUGGUAGUGAACAACAAUGGGCAUUGUUCAGCAGAGGAACCACACAAAUGGCUAAAGGUAAAGGAGAAAAAAUCUUAACAUCAUUAACACAAUUUGAUUCAUGGAAAGUUGAUGCGGAAGAGAAAGGGUUUCUCCGUGCUAUGAAUGAUCAUCUUCAUAAACUUCACACAACACAUCACUGCAACCGUCUUGUAUUACCGGGAACUAUUAGAAUUCCUGAGGUCGUGUUCUGCGCAGAAUAUGGUCAAAUUAUAGAGAGAUUCAUGAUGUAUCGUUGCUUCACUGAUUGA